CAGUGCUCAGUUGCCUGAGGGCUGGGGAGGAGGCAAUAAGAGAAGGAGGCUGAACCACCACCCCUCCCCCACCGGCCAGUCCAGUAGAUUGAGUAGAGUGAUUCAGAAGAUGGAGGAGAAUGUCUUUUCUCUGAGAAGCAUUAGUGCUACCUGGCUGAGCACCACACCCACUCCCUGGGUGAUUGAGAUCUUCCUCAGCUUUCUGUGUGGACUGGGACUCUUUUUCUUGUUACUCCCCUGCUUCUCGAGUAAUCUGUCCUCACCACCACCCAGGAAGCACAGAAACAUCAGGAAGCGUCAUACAGAGCUGAGGGGAAGGAGCAGCAGGACUAGGAAGAAAAGUGGAGCUUUGAGAGCUUGUAGAGACUGCCUGAAAGAACUGGAGGAGGCUCGGGACCUGGCUUCACUUCUGCAUAGCCACCUGGGGAAGCUCCCUGACAAGGGUGGCUUUCAUCAGCUCUCAUGUGAAGAACCCCCUGGCAAGGUGUGUAAAACAGCGCCUGCUGGAGUCAAGUGGCCAUGCCAGGAGCGUGUAGAAGAGGUUGCUCCCACCGUGUCCCUCUUGGCUUCCCCGGCUCCUCUGAGCAAGCACACUCUACCUCUGGCCUCCACCCUUAGGCUGGACCCAGUGACCUCAUCAGUUUCUGUUUGUUCCCACUCAUCCUUGAGUGCCUCUUGGCUACCAGAGCCUUUCCUUCCCCUGGACAGCCUUUCACCCUGGCCACUCACUCUUUCCCCUCCCCUGCCAUGCCCCCCUGAUUCAGAGGCCUGCCCUCCACCUCCGACAGCUUCCUCUGCCCCCCGACCACCAGACUCCAUUCUGACUCUUGCUCAGUGUGACUCAAGGGAACUCCCACUGGGCACCGUCCCACAGAGCUCGUCUUUGUCAGCCUCUCCUGUCCCAGCCAUCUCAGACCUUGGCUGCUCAAGGUGUCCCAUUUCAGCCCUGUCCUGGUGGCAGGGGGCUGCCAAAGCCUUGUGCUUCAUGUCCUCAUCACAGUGCAAUUUCCAGCAAGAGCACCUUUCUCACCACCCACCAGGAGCCUUAUUCUGGGAAGAUCCCACAAACAGACAGGUAGAAGCUAGUAAUCCCUCUUUGCUCAGCUGUGAUGACCAGAAGCCCCUGGAGAUACAAGUCACAAAGAGAGUUGAGAACAAGAUUUGGAAGGAAAAAGAAACAAAUGGAUCAUAUACCAAACAAAUGAGCCCAGAAUACCACAUGAAUUAUUUGGGAAAUAUGUUGAAAUCACUGGGUGCUGAGCAGGACACCACAACCCCCCAACCCUUCUGGAGCACAAAAGGCAAACCAGAGCAGCUGCCUGGGCCUCAGCAGCUCUCAUAUCCCAACGUCUUGGGGAACCAUCUAUGGAAGAAAUAUAACCAGCUUUUCUGGGGUCUCCCCUCUCUGCACAGUGAAUCCCUGGUGGCUACUGCCUGGAUCUCAGAGAGCUCUUCAGUACUAAGAUCUCCCUCUUUCUUAUUCAAUGGAAUCUCGAAUGCCUGCCCAGUUCAAAUGCACGCUAAAAUAUCUCCAGUGCUUUCCCAGUCCCAGCCUCUGUCCCAUCUGGAGGUCCAAUCUCAACCCUUGAUUCCAAGUGUACCUCAAUACCAGCCUCCUCCUCUGGCUCAGGUCCAGACCCAUGCCCAUCUCCAAUCCUCUCCCCCAAUCCUACCACUUUCUUCUCCACCCCAGAUUAGGGCCUGUGGAAUAUCUUGCCCUGCACCCCAGAAUAAGCCACAGUCUAUCAUCCCAGCUGAGAUUCAACAUCCAGAAUGGUCUAUGUUGCAGAAGCACCUAGAAAGUGGGGGGGCUUUAGACUCUGUAGUCAAAAGAUCUCAAGAAGUUUCUGGUGUCUUCACUUCCAGUCUUCCUCAGGACUGCUGGGUGGUCUCCAUCCUUCCGGAGAAUUUUCCAAUCAGUCCUGAGCUCCAGGAACAAUUGGAGCAACACCUCAAAAAGUGGCUCAUGCAACAUCAGUGGGAGCUGCCCUGCAGUCUCCAAGAGUCUCUGGAACUGAGGCAGUUUCGGGACAAAUUACCAGGUUCAUGUCAGGCAAAGGGCAGGCAUGGACCCUCACAGCCCUCUUCAUUUACAGGUGAAAGCAGCAAGGAUGCACAGAAGGUGGGGUUCCAGCUAAACCAAGACCUGGGCAAGGGCCUGGGGCAUAUCCUGGGGAAGGUCCCAAAAGAUCUCUCCAGAGGUUCAGAAAGCUCCCUAGUGAAGUUUUGGGAGGUGAACUCUGAGGAGUCAGAAAGAGGUUUGAAGCUCUCAAGGAGUAACUCAGGAAGAGAUUUACUAAGGAACUUAGAUAAGAAUCUAGAAAGCUUACUGAAAGCCCAUUUGAGCAGGAAAUUGGGGCAAAUCAGUGAGGGUUUGAUCCCUGUGAGUGUGCGUCGAUCCUGGCUUGCUGUCAAUGCUUCUCCCAAGUCUGACACUCAAAUGGAAACCAGAAGUCCAAGAAUCUUGAAGGGUUUGGGACCCAGCAUGAACACUUCCCCCAGGAUUUCCUUCCUCCUUGCAGACACUCGAGAGGUGCUGGAAGCACAUAUUACAAGGUUUUGGGUGAGGCACAGGUGGGGCCUGCCCCUAAGGGUCCUCAAGUCCGUAAAUGUAUUGAAGUUAAAAAAGGCUCAACUCUCACCCGUUCCACAGUCUGCCUUUCCUUCCUCAGCCACCUGUGUCUCUGGGGCCCACUCAAUGAUCAAGUUUGCUGAGUUCUGGGGAAAACCUCCCCAGGUCCAUGCCGGAGAGAAGAUGGUAACAGAAGAGUCAGUUUCCACCCUGUUGAGGCCUCUCCUUGCCCCCUCACUUGUGUGUGAGGAAGUCCAGAGGGCCCCAAGAGGGACCCCAUCUGGUGACAACUGUGGUCCCUUGAAGACCUCUCUGACUGGACAGCAGGGCAGCCCACCUCCUCAGUCCCUCACACUCAGCCUUGUGGGGAGAACUUGGCAGAGAGGGACUGUCGUGGAGGCUGAGAGGGGCAGCCUAGAGCCAAGUCCAAGUUUAGCAAUGGCCAGGAAUGAGCCAAGGGAAGAGAGUGGGGGUUGGGCCUCACAAGACCCCUGCAGUAGGGUAACAAUGCUAGAGAUGAACUUAGGAUCCCAAUCUUUGAGGGCCAAAGACACCAGUGAGGCAGCAGAGGCCAAAGAGUCCCCUGACCUUCAACCACAGUCUAGAGUCAUCUUGGGAACCAAUGUGCUGACAAAAUCUCAAACCAUAAAUGUGCAUAUGAGGAAUUUAGAGGCUCCAGGCACCAGUAAAAGUGUCUUACUCCCUAGAAUGUCUGUUUUCCAAGAUUCAGGAAAGCCAUGCCUUAAUACAAUUGUUGUCAGUGAGCUUAAGUCCAAAUUGAAGGUGCAGUCAGAGAAUCAGUCUCAAGACUGUCCCACACACAUGCUCCCUGCUGCAGACAGCUUGGCUUCUCAGGUGCCCCAGUGCAAUCACCAGAAAGUGCCCACUGGAGACAGGCCACCUUCCCAGAAGCUAUGUGGCCUCAUGGCAGCCCAAAGGAGCAGCCGAGGGCAGCAGGACCCCAAGAUCUCAAAACUUCAAGACUCCUGGAAGAGCCAGAGCAAGAUGAUUGCCCCUACUUACAAGAGAGAGGGCUGUAGGAGGCCCAACAUACGAGAGCACGAAGAAAAGUUUGAAUUGUGGAACUCCCAAGCCACAAAUGUGAGCCACCCUAUGCAAGUCAGGGGAAUGGUAAACCCUAUUGGGAGCAAACGCCUCCAGUUGAAGCAGGAGAAGAAGCAGGGUCCUCUAGAAAGCCCCUUCAGAAAAAGGAUGAGGCUCUUUUUUCAGUGGAUUUUCCCCCCUACAAAAGCUAAAGGUCAGGCUGUUCUGCAAAAAUGCAAACCCAUAUCAGCCAUUGCCCAGAACCAAGGCUCAGUCAAAAGCAGAUCGAUUAUGGAUAGUGAGACUGCUGAGGCUCAGGCACUCAUGACAGCUGUUGGACAGAUUCUAGAGGAGAAAAUGGUGACUCACCAUGGACUUCUUGCCACGAAGUUAACUGAGCAUAAACGGGAACCCCAAGCCCCUGUAUGUGGGUGUUCUUGUUGCCACAGGCUUCCCCUCUAUGCAGAGCAAGGGAGAAUGAUGAGUUAUAUAGCCUGCAAUCGCCAAGCAACCUCCAAGGGCCAGAGUUGUUCUGUCAGGGAAAAGCAAGUCAGACACAGACAGUCCUUAAAAAGUGUUAGAUUCAACGAAGAGCAGCUGAACCUGAGGUGCCUCCCAUCCUUGCCCCCCAAGAAGACUUUUUCUCCAGUCAGUCCCUGCAAGCAUGGGCCAAGGAUGCCAGGUGCCCCAGGCUGCCACCAGCACUGCCCAAGACACUGUCUUCUUCGGGUAGGUGUCUUUCCUGGGCAACCGUCAAAUGCUUCUCUAGCCUUUGCUGGUAGGAGAACAUGUCUCCAAGAAAAACUUGAAUCCAUGUAGAGAAAAUGUUUUUCUCUUAGCACACCCAAGAUAUUUAAUA